AUGGGUCUUUUCGACAAGUUUGCGUUUGCAAAGCGCCACGAACGGACACCGGAAGAGCGCGCCUAUGUGCGGAAGCUCGAUAUCUGUCUAAUGACCUUUGGGUGCAUAUCGCAGAUCAUGAAAUACCUGGACCAGACAAAUAUCAAUAAUGCCUACGUCUCGGGGAUGAAGGAGGAUCUCCAGCUCUAUGGCGACGAGCUGAAUUACUUCACCACAUUCUUCCUCCUGGGCAAUCUCAUUAUGGUUGUUCCCUCCCAGAUCGCCCUGACGCACAUCCCACCCAACUGGUGGCUUCCGGGCCUCGAGAUAACCUGGGGCGUCCUGACGGGUCUGUUCGCCGUGACCAAGAACGCGCGCGAGAUCUAUGCGCUGCGCUUCUUUCUCGGAAUGUGUGAGAGCAGCGCGUGGCCGGGCAUGAUGACUAUGAUGAUCUAUUGGUAUACGCCAAGUGAGAUCGCGAAACGUAUGGGCAUCUACCAGUGUUCCCAGGCGGUUGGCUCCAUGAUGUCAGGUGCCCUCGCAAUAUCUGUUGUCAAGACGAUGGACGGAAAAGCUGGCCUGGCGGCUUGGAGGUGGUUAUUUAUCGUGGAGUGUCUUAUGACUGUCGUCGUGGGCUUCUUUGGAUUCUUCAUGGUCCCCGGCCUGCCGCACAAGCCCAACCCCUGGGCCUUUUGGUUCAAGGAGAACGACGCAAAGCUGGCCAUGAAGCGCCUCCACCGACACGGCAAGCAGGAGCCCGUAAGAAUCACGCUCAAGACGAUCAAGCGGUCGCUGGCCUCGCCCCUCUUCUACGCCAUCGUGCCGCUGUCCAUGGCCGCCAACAUGGCCAACUAUGGCAUGUACUACUUUGGCGUUUUUCUCAAGUCACUCAAGAACGCCGAUGGCACCCCGAGGUGGGACGUGACCGAGGUGAACGGCAUCCCUAUCGGCGGUAGUGGAGUCUCUAUCGUUGCUCUGUUGAUUUUGACCAACCUCUCGGACCUUUUUCAGUCGCGCUGGACAAUCUUUAUGGUUCAGGCCGUCGUCGGACUCUUCGCCACCAUAUACAUGACGGUGUGGACAGCCCACCCGGACACGACGCCUAUUGGUGGUGCCUAUGCUAGUUAUUUCAUGCUGUACACGACCAUUGGUGUCACCCUGAUUGUCACUGCUUGGUUGUCAGAUCUGGGUAUAUGCACUCUUACCGACAGUCUCCCGCACGACCCCGACUCGGUCACCUUUAUCAUUGGCGCCACCGUGGCACUCAACUUUGCCAUCCUGUCUUGGGCGCAGGCGUUGAUGUGGCCCGCAUCUAAAGCUCCUUACUACGUGCACGGCUGGGGAUCCUCGAUCGGCAUCUGGCUGUUCACCAUGCUCAUGGUCGCCACCGUCCUGUACAUCGACCGCAGAUACCUCAGGGCGAAGCGACAGGCGUUCCGUGAGAUGCUCAAUAACACAAACGUCGAGGAGAGCAACAGUGUCGAUACUCCGAGCCGUCAGGGCGAAGAAGAGCCCCAACUGGCGGACAAGGACACCGCUAUGUCCAAGCCAGUAGAGACCAAGCAGACUGUUUGA